GGGACUUAAAUUGUCAUAGGACGCACGUGAUCCUUUUUGUGUUCAUAAUUAAUAAUUACAUAACAAAAUUGUCACAACAUGUUUUCUAAGCACGCAAACAGGAUCAAUCGUUUCAAAUGUGCCAGCAAGCACUAUGCCACUCAGUCAAAAAUUUUGGUCGACAAACCCAUCGUCGAAAUCGACGGUGACGAAAUGACCAAGCUAAUUUUCGACGAAAUCAAAGCAAAACUCGUGUUCCCGUUUGUGGAAGUCAAGCGCGACUACUACGACUGCAGUAUAACCAACAGAAACCAAACCCAGAACCAAGUGUCUAGGGAUGCCGCCGCCGCCAUUCUAAAGCACAAUGUGGGUGUUAAGUGCUCGACGAUAACACCAGACGAGGAGAGGGUUAAGGAGUUUAAUUUAACGCAAAUGUGGCCUAGUCCCAAUGGGAUGAUCCGUAACGCGCUUAAUGGUACCCAGUUUAGAGAGUCAAUUAUUUUCAAAAACGUGAACAAGUACGUGCCGGGGUGGACGAAGCCCAUCAUCAUGGGACGACACACAUUUGGGGACCAGUAUGGUGGGAAAGACGUGACAAUUAAAAAACCAUCAAAGAUUUUUAUUACAAUUAAGUCAGACGAUGGUACCGAAGACUCAGUUGAAGCUUUUAGUUACAAAGGCAAAGGGGUUGCAAUGUUGACUUUCAACACCGAAGACAGCAUCCGAUCGUUCGCCGUUUCGUGCUUCAGAAUGGCUCUAGAACGCAAUUACCCGCUAUAUUUUGCCACCAAAAGUACCCUUUUGAAACAAUACGACAAACUCUUCAAUGAAGUGUUUCUAGACGUCUACGAGAAGGAUUUCAAAACACAAUUCGAGCACGCCAAUUUGACUUUCGAGUUGCGACUAAUCGAUGAUAUGGCAGCCCAAGCGAUGAAGUCUUCUGGUGGUUUCCUCUGGGCUUUGAAAAGCUACGAUGGGGAUGUCCUUUCCGACGUGGUGGGUCAAGGUUUUGGUUCUAUGGGUUUGAUGAUACACAGUUUGGUAUCUCAUGAUGGUAAAACCGUCAUGACUGAGCCUGCGCAUGGAACCGUGACACGACACUAUCGGGAACACCAGAAAGGGGUGACGACGUCGACUAACCCCAUAUCGUCGAUCUUUGCUUGGAGUAGGGGGCUUCAACAUAGAGCGAAGCUCGAUGGUAAUGCGCAGUUGGAAAAUUUUAGCAAAGCUUUGGAAAAAGCGACGGUUGGAACGGUGGAAGAUGGAUUGGUUACGAAAGAUCUGGCACCCUGUGUCUACGGGAAAGAGUUUAAAGACAAGUUUUUAAGUACUUCGGAGUUUAUCGACGAAGUAGUUAAACGUUUGAAAUAAAAACUAUACACAAAUGUGUUUCUUUGAUAGUACUAUCUUAAUGACAUUCAUACAUAUUCAUUUAUAAUUGGCUUAGUCUGGAAAAUGUCAGUGUGUAAACAAUGGUGAAUAAAGUGUUACUGUUGUUGUGUUUUCUGCAAGCUGUGACCAAGGUACUACCAUCAAUAAAUUCGUAACAAGUA